AUUAUAGAUACAAGAAAGUUGUGUUUUUGCUGUAUGGACCCAAGUGCAUGAAUAUUGGGCCUUCUUUUGAUACGCAAAAAUCCAUAGCCCAAACCAAUAAACAAGGGGUGGUAUUGCUUGUUAGCCCAACAGAUUCGAUUCCAGUGUGUCCAGUCUCAGUAGUUCCUUUUGUAUUGGUUCCAUCAAAAAAAGAUUGAAGAGAGAAAAAGAUGAGCGGGGUAAGGAAAGGGCCGCCGAAGCACCAAAACAAAGUGGCCUGGAAACCUAACGCCGGUAUCAAAAUCAAUGAAACGGAAGUUGGUGGAAAAUUUAGGCCUCUAUCAGAAAUAACAGGAGUAUGUCCUCGUUGUAAAGAUCAAAUUGAUUGGAAGCGUAAAUAUGGCAAAUACAAACCAUUAACUGAACCUGCUAAGUGUCAGAAGUGUUCGAAAAGAAACGUGCGUCAAGCUUACCACAAUCUCUGCACCGGCUGUGCAAAGGAGCAUAAAGUAUGUGCAAAGUGUUCAUGUCGUGUUGAUCAAGUGGUUGGAAGAGAUAUUUCAGAAGUAGAGGCUGAGAAAAAGGCUCUUGAGGAGGCUAUCAAGAAUGCUCGAGAACGGGAUAGGCGGUCACUUCUACGUGCUAUGAACAAAGGGAAGUCUCAGAGUUCAGAGAAAAACCUAACUCAAAAUGACGUGAAGGUUGGUGAACUGUUUACAGCAUCAUCACUUGAGGAAUAUGCUGAGGUAAACCAUGAUGAUGAAGACAAUCAGGUCCAAGUUAUUUGAGAUGUGCAUUUUCGAGAAUGAAUCCCAUAUGGCCCUUAAACGAUUUCUCUUCAUGGUCACUAAUUUGAUUCACACUCCCAAGUUUGUAUUGGCUGCUUUGAGAAAAUAAGUAAAUUUGGAUUUCGUCUACAUUAAAGGACCAAGGUUGAGAUCAAUACACUUCCAUUCUUCUUGGCUUUCAGAAUUUUUUAGCUACUGAAGAGUUUUGAGAGUGUAAUAUAGACUAAAAUAGAUUCUUAAGCCUAUUUAAAUGUAAAAUAGGCUAUAGUAUGAGGUGAGUAGUCAUAAGUUUUGCAAUGGAGAUCCUUUGGCGUUCAGUUAACUUCCAUGUCAGGGUAGUCUUGUAGAAAUUUUAUCUGAAAAUGCAAGACAGCUUGCUUCAUGAUAUUGUGAUGUAAGAACAUUGGUGUUUUGUUGGUCAAUAUACUCGUCGUAUUUGGUCUUAGGUUUUUUGGACUCGACGGCCUGUGAAUUUACAUUAAGGCUUAGGUUGAGUGUUCGCAAUUGUGUGGUUGUAAUGUACUUAUUUGUACCUAUUCAAUCAAUAUUUACAAUAAUGUCUUUAUUA